AUGUCCGGGGAUCCUCCCAAAUCUUCGGAAUGCUAUUGGUCGCGAAUUCUGCACUCGGGUUCGGGCCCAGACUCACCAGCCAACACUUCGAAGGCGUGGUUUGAUCACGGGAACCCGUCUAAAUCCUACGAGCCACCUGGAUCCGUUUCGAAUACCACCAAUUCGCCACGGCGGACGUCGUCCUUUGUCUUCCGAUGGACAGGGCAGCAUAACGAUGAACCAUCCAAUAAUACAUACAGCCACACGGAAUGGGACGCUUUGCUUGACAUGACGAAACAACUUAGUGGAGAUCAGACAAGUGCCUAUGAAGGAAACUUUCACGCUGGUGGUCGUCACAUUGUUCGCCGAAUCAAGCUCACAGAGCGGGGCGAGCUGUGGCUGGCACGCAUCCCAACCAUAUGUGGUCCAUGGACGAGCGAGAAACAGUUUACAAUGGAAAGCGAGAUCGCAACCAUGAAGUUUAUUUCGCAGUCCACCGAUAUCCCCGUCCCGAGAGUGUUUGCCUACAACACAGGCCUAGAGAAAAACCCCGUCGGAUUGCCUUACCUAUUGAUGGAAUGCAUCGAAGGCAAUAUGCUCUAUGACCUUGGUGGCCCAAACGUUCUUACUGAAGAACAACGAAUCAAGUUACGCAAGUCGAUAGCGUCUAUACAGGUUGUUUACCCCGUUAAGCUUCAUUUGCCGUUGGCUGACCUCUCCAGUGCAAACUAG